AUGGACGAACACAAUUUUCUGGAAGCUUUGGACUAUGAUCUUGACAUUGAUUUCGAAACCGCAUAUGAGAUGAUCAAUAAUAACGGGCCUGAGUUCUUUCUGGAAGAACUUCAUGAAUCUGGAGAGGGUUCAAAGACUUCAGUCGGUGGUAUUGACUCUCUUAUAUUCGAAGCGGCUGAGCAACAGCAUGCAAGCGCCUACGAUGGAAUCUAUGAGAAUAUUGAAAACGCUACCAGCUCGAAAAUACAUGCAGAGCCUGAACCGGGACUUCUUACCCACAAUGAAGCGCAUGCAAUUGAACAGUUUCUGGACAGUUUGAUAGCAUCGGGCGAGAAUCAGAAUAAAAACUUCAAGGCCAACGCCCUAGAUAUUCGUCGCCGUGGAGGAAGCGUACUGAACCAUGCGCAUGAACCGCAUGCAGACGAAUUACAUACACACGUGUCGCAUACACACGUGUCGCAUACACGCGUAUCGCAUGCAGACGAAUCGCAUGCAGACGAAUCGCAUGCACGAGCAAUUAAAAUGCUUUCCACCGCAGAGUUCGCGGACACUGGUGUCCAUUACGAGACUUCGCAAGCAUUUGCUAAAUAUAAUCCUCCGGCAUAUUCAUUUCCUGAAUUCACUGUUCUUGACUCCGAAGUGCCAUCGGAUAUCAAAAACAACCACGAGAAAGUAAGGAAAUGGAAGCAUGUACAGUUAGAGAAGAAGCGCAGGAACGCGAUAAAGGAGGGAUUUGAUACAUUAACGGGAUUGUUACGAUUUCCGCGAGUAAGCGCGGAACAAAGCAACCAACAAGGUAGGAAAUCGGAUGAUAGAAACAAAGAAAAUUCAAAAGAAACAAGAAGUAGAAACGCACGAGAGAAAAGGACUCCCAAAUAUGUCUUGCUGAGUUUUAUCGUGGAAGACAUAAAGCUGCUCGAAGAAGCGAAUCGAGAACUAAUGGAAAUAGCAACCCGAUCUCGUUCGAAUCCUUCAACCUAA